AUGGCAGAGGUGAAAAGGGCAAUAGUGUGGAAGAGACGUUUCCUAGCUGCUGCAGUGUGUCUGGGGCUGCUGUGUGUUCUCCUACUGGCUGGGAUCAUAGGCCUGUUUCUCUACCAGAGAAACCUAUUGAACAGUUACAACAACCUGACCAAAGAGAGAGACCAGCUACAGACCAGUUAUAACAACCUGACCAAAGAGAGAGACCAGCUACAGACCAGCUACAACAACCUGACGAAAGAGAGAGACCAGCUACAGACCUGUAAUGAAUAUGGUACAUGUCCCCAAGACUGGACAAGGUUUUGCUGCAGUUGUUACUACAUCUCCACUAAUGAGAAAACGUGGGAUGGGAGCAGAAAGGACUGUCAGGCGAGAGGAGCAAACCUGGUGAUCAUCAACAGCAGAGAGGAACAGGCUUUAAUCAAAGCGUUCAACAAAAAAGCCUGGUUUGGUCUGACGGACAUAGAAGUUGAGGGAACUUGGAGAUGGGUGGACGGCACACCACUGACCACAAGUUACUGGAAAAAAGGGGAGCCAAAUGAUUUGCAAGGAGAAGACUGCGCUUUGGUUGAUAACACUCAAAAGGACCCAGUAGUGGCUUGGAAUGAUGUGCCAUGUAACCACAAAAAUGGUUGGAUCUGUGAAAGGCAGCUGUGUUAA